AUGUGUCAGCUUAGCGAAACUGGCUCUUCCGAAAGCCUAACAGCCCAUGGUGAUUCGCCGCUUGAUAUCUUGUUCCUUGAUCUCUGUUCCGCGGAACUCAAAGAGAUGAGCUCGUCAGCUGCAGUUACGUCAGCAGACCUCCGUGGUUACAGUCUUCCCACCCCAACUGGGCCAUCCGUUCACUUGGGCGGCUGUAGUGGUGGGCAGGUACGCCAUGCGGAUGGUAGAUGCGUCACUCCACGAGAAAAUCGACGCGUGUUUCUUUAUGAAGUCCCUCCUAACACGGUUUUCUCUAGUGCUCCAACAAACAUCCCUGAGCCAACAGUGGAUACAAAUAUCCUACUCCUUCGAACUCCACACGGAUUCCUCGGACCAGAUCCCGUUGUCGUACCUCCUCCGCGGCAGCAGCAUGUUGUGUAUGUCCUCAACAAACAAUCAGAACACGGUCAGAGGGUAAUCGAGGUCACGGCCCCACCGCCUGCCGAACCCGAGGUAUAUUUUGUGAACUACGCUGAAGGAGAGAACCCAACCCUACCCAGCGGAGUAGAUCUUCAGAGUGCAUUGGGAGCAGCUACUCAGGGAGAUGGCCAAACAAUCGGUGACAGCGGCGAUGGUGGUGUUGUCAGUGGUGGGAUUGGAAGUGGCGACACUGGUGGCACAAAUGUGGACGGAGGUGGAGACUUCGGAGGCAGUACCGGAUUCGGUGGAAAUAGUGCUUUCGGAACGAGCAGUGGAAUUGGCGGAGUUUUUAGUGGAGGAAGCCCAGGUCAUGGAAGCAUCGGUGGAACCUACACUCCUCCGUUCCCGCCCACGAACCUGUACACUGCACCGUAA